CUCCUAUCUCUCCGUGAUGUGGUGGCCGAUCAUCCUGCAAUUCACUCUUGGGUUCCCCCCUGGCCUUAUAUGAUAACAUCAAUUUUAUUAUUCCCUUCAUCCUUAUUCCUAGAUUGCAAUCCUAUAUUCGGUCCUGGGGAGAGGGGGUUCGACUGCCGAUCACCCCUGCUGCGCACAGUAAACUUCAGCUCCACCUACAACAUUUGCCUUUUUGUUUUUUUUUUUUCAGUUCAGGUACAAGUUGUCUUGCUGCUGCGAUGAGAUCACUGCUGGGCCGUGAUUACCUGAGCUAGUACACUUCGAAGAUAUCCCAACAACAAUGGAAAGCAACAUCAAGAUCAGUCUUGUCGACAAAACCGCUCCCCGUCGUCCGUCGGACGAUGCGCUGGCGCAAUCGCACACCGCAACAACAGACCUCUCCCGGAAUAUCUCGAGGAAGUUCACCCGGGCAUCUAUACGAAGCGAGCUCGCCAAGCGCAAGUAUGCCAAAUGGCAGCCGGACCGUCUGGGUCUUACCGACGAUGAGGACAAUUCCGACCGCAGACUGUCCGAAGGGCGCGACCUGUUCACGACCGAGACGCGAACGGACACACUGGCAGGGGAGAGUCGCUUGGCGGCGGGCCCCUCGUCGUCGCAGAGCUCUCCGGAGGACCAGCACAAUGUCGACUCGUCGGACGUCGACCAGCAGGGCGCCCGAGAUCACGAACAUGACGGCCACAACCACCCCGAGCUAUCGGGGCUGAAACCCGGCACCGAGCUGGACAUCCUGCACGAGAACCAACGGGGUUGGUUCUUCUUCGGCAUCCCCCUCUAUUCGCACAGCUCGCUGCUCAACUUUGACCCGGCAGCAUGGACGACGCCCGACGGUCGAAACAGCGCCGUCGACAUCACGAAAGCGCAGCUCCCGGACCCCAGCUGGGAGUGGGUCUGGAGGACCUGGUACGUGGACAUGUCCGGGGAUGUGGAUGAUCAGGGCUGGCAGUACUCCUUCUCGUUCGGCUCGUCGGCCUGGCAUGGGUCGCAUCCCUGGUAUCAUUCAUACGUGCGCCGUCGCCGAUGGGUCCGACUCCGAGUGAAGCGCGUGUCGGAGCGCAGUCGUCGGGGCCGCUCGGGUCUGGAGGUGGCGCACAUGCUUAACGAGGAUUAUUUCACGAUCCACUCGGGGAAGGCGAAGACGAGGGCGCCGAGCACGGAUGGCCUGUCGCGCGCCACGUCCGGGUAUCUCAGUCGCGCGACUACGAAAGUAGAGGAGGUGCCAGUGGAGGAAAUCGCUAAUAUCCCGACCUUGAUGCAUGCAUUGCGGGUGGCCAGAGUCGAUCGGGAGAAGAUGGACGCUCUGGAGCAGUUCAUGCAGGAGGGUGGGGACGAGCUCUUUUAUUUGGACGGCAAGAUCCCGGAGAUCAUGUCUAUGUUUGUCUUCCAGGCUUCUCGGUGGCAGUACUUCACCCGCUUAUCCGAUGUCGUCGAGGAGCUGUCUCAGAGUAGCUCUGAAGCAAGUGGAAAGGAGGCAGCGGAGCUCCAGCGCAAACGCGAGAACCUUCAGAAAGCUGCAGAUGUAGCCCGGCGUCAUCUCACGGGGCCUGAAGUGCUGCAUUCCGAUAACCGGCACCUGGAGGCGGGGAUGCUGGACCUGACUCCAGCCCCGAAGAGAGGCAGUUUGUUGUCGAAGUACUCCGGCAAAGUCUCAUUCCGUCCUAUGGAUGACGGGGGUGAAAUCAAAGGAAUCCCCCAAGCAGCUGAAGUAGGGCGUGAGGGCCAUAUUUACCAGUAUACUUCAUGACGGCUUGCUUUUGCUUGCAUGGGUAGCAUGGCGCUUUGUUUUUUUUUUUUUUUUUUUUUUUUUUUUUUUUUUUUUUGAUUUUUU